CACUCUCUAGCCAACUAUAAACACAUUAACAGCACAGUUAAGCCUACAGUCACAAGUUCACCUGUGCACUGUCAUUGCGCUAGCGUCAAAGAAUUCCUUCUAGCAUCAGUAAGGCAUCACCGUUCUAUUAGUUCGCUGCAUUAGUGUUAUCAGUACAACUCUCGCUUGCGCUCUACUUUCUUGAGGGUAGUUACAUAUGGCAGUGACGACAGUCGACGCAGUGGUGGGGAAGAGCGAGGCUCCUUCAAAGCCUAUGAAAUAUUUUCCAUACGAGUUGGAUUCGGAGGGAAAGUCCAAGUCGGUUCGGCCAUGGACCUUUACACAGCCACACAUGAUGGCUUUCCAUCUGUCGUGGUUUUCCUUCUUCGUCUCCUUCCUGGCUACCUUCGCUCCUGCAGCAUUGCUGCCCAUCAUUCGCGAUGACCUUUCGCUCACCAAGUCCGAGCUCGGCAACGCAGGUGUCGCAGCCGUGUGCGGCGCCAUCGCAGCGCGUCUCUUUAUGGGCGCCUUUGUGGAUACCGUAGGUCCACGGUACGGCACGGCUGCAACCAUGCUCCUCACCGCGCCCGCCGUAUUCUGCAUGUCGCUAGUAACGGACUUCUCAACCUUCGCGGUCGCGCGCUUCUUCAUCGGCUGCAGUCUCUGCAUGUUCGUAUGCUGCCAGUUUUGGUGUGGAACUAUGUUCAACGUGCGCAUCGUCGGUACGGCCAAUGCUAUCUCCGCCGGUUGGGGCAACAUGGGCGGCGGCGCCUGCCAUUUUAUCAUGCCUCUCAUCUACCAGGGCAUUCGCAACACCGGUGUUCCGGGCUUUCAGGCAUGGCGCUGGGCUUUCUUUGUCCCCGGUGGCAUCUACAUCCUGAAUGCGCUGUCUACGCUGCUGUUGGGAAUUGACCACCCGUCCGGCAAGGACUACCGUGACCUUAAGAAGGACGGCACCCUUAAGACCAAGGGCGCGCUGUGGCCUGUCCUCAAGUGCGGCCUCGGAAACUACCGGAGCUGGAUCCUAGCCCUCACGUACGGCUACUCCUUUGGUGUCGAGCUAACCAUUGACAACAUCAUCGUCGAGUACCUCUUUGACCAGUUCGGCCUCAACCUAACCGUUGCGGGAGCCCUGGGUGCCAUUUUCGGUCUUAUGAACCUCUUCUCCCGCGCCAGCGGCGGCAUGAUUUCUGACCUUGUGGCCAAGCGCUUUGGUAUGCGCGGCCGGCUUUGGGCGCUGUGGAUCAUCCAAACGUUAGGCGGCGUCUUCUGCAUCGUCCUCGGCAAGGUCAACCACAACCUGUCUGCAACCAUUGUCGUCAUGAUCAUCUUUAGCAUCUUUUGCCAGCAAGCCUGCGGUCUGCACUUUGGCGUGACGCCCUUCAUCUCGCGUCGUGCGUACGGUGUGGUAUCGGGCCUGGUGGGCGCGGGCGGCAACGCGGGAGCGGCGAUUACGCAGGCCAUCUGGUUUGCCGGCAAGGCGAAAUGGCAGCUCGACCUCUCCAAGGCCGAUGGCAUGGUCUACAUGGGCAUCCAGACCAUCGCCCUCACGCUGCCCCUGUUCUUCGUCUACUUCCCCAUGUGGGGCUCCAUGCUGCGGGGCCCGCGGGAGGGCGCGCAGGAGGAGGACUACUACAUGCGCGAGUGGAGCGCGGAGGAGGUGGCGGAGGGGCUGCACCACGGCUCCAUGAAGUUCGCCAUGGAGAGCAAGUCUCAGCGUGGUUACCGCAAGGCGACGGAAGAGCAACCUGCCCAGCAGCACUGAAGAUGUGGGGCUCCGCCGAAGGCGUCCGCCGAAGCGUGCUACGGCGCUGCAUCCCCCACCCUCGACGACACCGGCACAGGACAGCCGUUCCGUAGGUUAACUGUUUCGGGAGCGCUUGGUACUUAGGUGCGUGGUGCUAGUCGGCGUCUGUUCCUAGCUGUUGAGCUUUGGCAUACCAUCAUCAUCACCAAAAUCACCGUCUGUCAUGGUCAUUGCGGCCGUCGGGAUCAACCGCAAGAGUGCCGUUAGUAGUUGUCGAUUGUUCUUUAGAAUCAGUCAGGUUGCCCCGAGAAAAGAUCUUUGCAGCGCGCAUAUCAGGGUGCAUGGGUGAGGAAGAAGAGGAUUGAGUCCCGCACACGUGAGCCGUAUCGCGUCCGGCGGUGCGUGUCUGUCACUAGGCGCCUAGGCAAGUAGUCAGGAUACAUUUCGGAAUGUCGUACCGUGUGGUUGUCGUAUUUGUCAAGUGUGGCGACUGUCUACCAUCUAUUACUGGCAUUCUGUACUACAACUGAAUCCGUGCAGUUCAGCAAUGCAUGGAGAGUGUACAUAUAUAUUGUGUGCCUUGACUGAGAGAGAGAACACAUUCUGUUUCACAUUAGCUUGGUACGCUAAGGUGCGCCGUCGCAGGAUUGAUUGACUGGCUGACUUAUCGGGUUGCUGCUUUGUCGUAUGUUGCCACAUGUGCCCUUGCAACGACUGUAUCAGUACAAAAUGUCAUUCCGGCGCCCUUGUCAGCGUCGGUUAGAUUAUCUUAUUCAGUUUGGUUGACACGUAGCCGCGUCUGUACGACACCGUAUAGUACGGCUGUUGGGAUCCUCGAGGAUUGGCACAGCUC